CCAUUCCCACGCACAAGUACAUAAACAAUGUCAACUUGUGUCCACGUUUUUAACAAAAGUCAGACUGAAAAUAAUUAUUAAGUUAGAAGAAACCUCAGAGUCAGUCAGUGUUAAAUUCUCUGACGGAGUGAACUUUGACCUCGCCGUCGCCAAGUUGACUGGUCCCUCCAUCAUCAUAAAUUCUAAUGUUCUUGUCACACGAAAAUUAGUCGUUCUUCUGAAAAAAAAUCUCGUCUCGCCGUGCAUUGUACGAGGCUCAAGGAACUCGAGAUUUCAUCUUCGUCCGUGUCACGUUACAAGAGUCGCAUCCAAAACCAUUGUGCCAUUCGGUCGGCGUACGCAAGAAGAGAGUCUGCCACUUGUGCAAGUGUGCAUACAUAGUCCAUCCACAAAUAAGAAGGAAGUGUCUCAAAUUUCAUGCAAAUUUAUCUGCAUGCAUGCGGUGGUCCAUUUGGUUUAAAUCGCCUCGUCAAGAAGGAGGUGGGUUCAUUCAAUAGUCGGACGGAUUCUUCUACUUCUGGAGAGGAAAGUGAGACGGGAAGGAGUGGAAUUAUUCCGAUUAUUUCCGAUAAGUGAGACAAGUUGAGGUCAUCAUCGUCAUCAACGAUAACACCAGAGUCACAAGAGUGAGAGUAGAAGUCGUACAGCAUCCAUUGUUCCCAACGAGCCAACACCCAACCUGAGUGAGAAUGGACAAGUCUGACAAGCCUUGCUGCUCUUCCAAGGGGGCCUGUUCCAAGGACCCUUCUCCACCUUCCAAUGGCGACGAUGGAUCUCUGUCCCUCUGCCCGAGCGGGGAUGAGGCUGGAAUCACACACAAUUGUGGCGUUUUUGGCUGCAUCGCAACCGGCGAUUGGCCAACGCAGAUUGAUGUCGCACAAAUCAUUUGUCUCGGCCUGGUCGCGUUGCAACACAGGGGUCAGGAGAGCGCCGGGAUCGUAACCUCGAAAGGAGAGGACACCAAGCGGUUCAACAUCCACAAAGGGAUGGGUCUCGUCUCCCAAGUAUUUGACGAUAACGCGAUGAAAAAGCUGAAAGGGAAUUUGGGCGUGGGUCACACCCGCUACUCGACGACGGCUGCCUCCGAGGCGGAGAAUUGUCAACCCUUCGUCGUCCACACGCAACAUGGAACCUUGGCCGUGGCGCAUAAUGGAGAACUCGUGAAUGCAGAGUCGCUCAGAAAAAAGGUUCUUGACCGAGGAUCCGGCCUGUCCACGAUGUCCGACUCCGAGCUGAUCACACAAGCUCUCUGCCUCAAUCCCCCCGAGGGAGAGUCCGACGGUCCGAACUGGGUCGCCCGGAUCAAACACGUCAUGAAACUGAGCCCACUCUCGUACGCACUCGUUCUCAUGUACGGCGACAGGAUUUACGGAGUCCGCGACCCCUACGGGAAUCGUCCCCUCUGCAUCGCCAAGCUCAUACCGGCCGCGGGAAAACGCCACUACAACCAGGAUGAAGACAUUAAUCAAAACAUGAACGGUAAAAUGGACAGCAACGUCGAAGGGUGGGUGAUUUCUUCAGAAUCGUCGGGAUUCUUGGCGAUUGGUGCGCGCUACGUGAGGGAAGUUGAACCUGGCGAGAUUGUAGAAUUGACGAGGAACGGGGUCAAAAGUUUGGGACAUGUGGACAGACCGGACGAUAAACUGCCAGCUUUUUGCAUCUUUGAAUACGUUUACUUUGCCAGACCGGAUUCAAUUUUUGAAGGUCAAGUCGUUUACACGGUGAGAAUGCAGUGCGGCAAAGAAUUGGCGAAGGAAGCCCCGUGUGACGCUGACAUUGUGAGUUCCGUCCCAGAAUCUGGAACCGCCGCGGCGCACGGGUACGCGCGCCAGUCGGGCAUCCCAUUUGCCGAAGUCUUAUGCAAGAAUCGCUACGUGGGACGAACUUUCAUCCAACCGUCGACCCGACUCCGGCAGCUCGGCGUGGCCAAGAAGUUUGGCGCCUUGAUGGACAACGUCUACGGAAAGAAGAUCAUUCUCAUUGACGACUCCAUCGUUCGAGGCAAUACGAUCGGCCCCAUAAUUAAAUUGCUGCGAGAUGCCGGUGCCAAAGAGGUUCACAUCAGGGUUGCCUCGCCCCCAAUAAAAUAUCCGUGCUACAUGGGGAUCAACAUUCCCACACGGGAAGAGCUUAUCGCCAAUAAGUUGGACGCUCCCCAACUUGCGGCAUCAGUUGGAGCCGACAGCUUGGUGUACCUCUCGAUCGAGGGUUUAAAAAGUGCUGUGACCUACAACAUCAGAGAGAAAGACCCCAAAAAGAUUGGCCACUGUGUCGCCUGCUUGUCUGGACAAUACCCAGAGAAAUUGGAGUGGUAAUUUAUAUUCCAGUGGUCAUCACCACCACCAAGAGUCAUCAGAUUGGAGCUGUAAAAAGAAGCUAAACUGUACUUCAAUCCAAAUGUUAAUACUAUUUAAUCAGCCUAUUUUAUAUUGACAGUCCAUAUUUACAUGAAGAAAUGUGACUGCUCUUUUGCGGGGUACAUAGUUUAGUUGGUUGGUUGGUGCUUGUCGUAGUAGUAGUUUAGAUAAUUGUAAUGCCAGCAGCACGACAUGUAAAAGACCUUGAGGACAAGAAGAAGCUCUACGUAUAUGACCCAACUUAUCCAUCCUCUCUCUUGAUAAGACGAGUAAGCAGGCAGGCAGAGCUCAGAGAGCAGCUUCUUUUCUCAACUUCUUAACACACCAGCCAGCAGCACAUCAUUUGUUUAACAUGUUUGUUGAGUUUAGGAUUAGUUAUUCUUGGUCUGGAUGGAGGAUGAUGACGCGAAUUGAAACUGGAUCACGCCGAAUUAGCAAUUAAUUAAUAGCAAAAUAUUUAGUAAUCAUACUCACUUCUCCUUGACUAUGGAAUUUAAGUCCUCCUCCUCCUUUCUUGCCGAGAGAGCUAUUAUUCUUUUAAGUAGGACAGAUCAUCAUGAAUCUUGUUAUUAUUAUUGUUAGAGUAGAUAUGAAAUCUUGUAAUAAGUAGUUUUACCUAAUUAAUUGUGUCGCGUACUUUGUCCUUGGCCUGCUCGUAAAUGUAUAUUAAUGUGCUAAUGGUCUUGUAUGUAUUAUCAUUAUUGCACACAUCGUGGAAGAAUACAAAGUAAUUUUUUAGUGAUAGCGAUAAACAUGCAUCAUCACAAUAAUGAUAACUUACGAUAUGUAUACUCAAAGAAGACGGAGAAAGAAUGUUGUUUUCGCUAAAUAAAUCCAGGUGUAAUUUUAACCAA